CCUAUAUUUAAUGUAAAUAUUAUUUAUUAAUAAAGGGGAUACUGUGAGGAGUAAAAAUAGGGAUUUUGUAGAUAUCCUAUUCCCGAAUAUCCUCUCCUGAUUCCAUCUCCUGAUUUCUUGGAGAUUUGAUCAUCUUCUCACAUGUAUAAAUCAGUGUACAUACUCUGGGAUUCAAUAAUAAGAGUUUUUCGGUCUAUUUGCUACAUGGUAUCAGAGCAACUAGCAGAUAUCGACGCCGAAAACUCUGAGACAGAAAGCACCGAAGACGAGACACAAGAGUUGCACCCGAUUCACACUUCUCCAAUGUCGAAGAGUGAUGGGUCCUCGCAAAUCGAUCCAGAUAAGGCCGGUAGUCCCCUCGGGUCGAUCACUGGUCAUGACGGAUCAUCGGUGCUCGUGGUUACCAUGAAACUCAAUGGCUCGAAUUAUCGGGUAUGGGCACAGGCUAUGCGACUUGCGAUUGGAGGCCGAGGGAAGAUGGGUUACCUCGAUGGCUCAUCAAAAAUUCCAGAAGAGUCCAAACGCAGGAGCUACAGCGAUGGCAUACCGAAAAUUCGUUGGUAUCAUCGUGGCUGAUCAAUGCCAUGAUUCCGGAAAUUCAACAGAGCUUCAUAUUUCUUCCAUCAGCUCAUGAAAUCUGGAAAGCUGUGCGAGAUUCAUACUCUGAUGGGAAGGAUUUGGCGCGAAUAUAUGAGCUUAAAACAAAAGCAUGGUCACUGCAGCAGGGAGAACGUGAUGUCACGGCUUUCUGGCUGGAGCUGAAUACCAUCUGGCAGGAAUUAGACUUGAUGACAGAAGUGGAAUGGUCUAGCAGUAAUGAUGCAAUCCGUUAUAAGGAGCAAGUCGAGAAUGAACGGGUGUUUCAGUUUCUUGCAGGACUGAAUCAAUCUCUAGAUGAUGUACGGGGGCGCGUUCUGAGCCGUAUGCCACUUCCAUCCACUAGAGAAGUAUUCUCAGAGGUACGUCGAGAGGCUUCAAGACGCAAGGUAAUGACUCCUGGAGCUAUUUCUGCACCAACUUCUUCCUUGGACACUGCUGCACUUGUGAGCAAGGGCAGUGAUUCAAAUCAUAAGAACCAAAAGGGGAAGGUCACUUGUGAACAUUGCAAGAAGAUUGGGCAUACCCGUGACACUUGUUGGGAUAUACAUGGAAAGCCAGCCGAUUGGAAGCCGAAAAAGGGCAAGCAACGAAGUUAUCAAACUUCUCAUGAUGUACCGCCAGAUAAACCAGACUCAAUACCUGAAAUUGAUAAGGAGCAACUAGGUAAGCUACUUGAGAUGCUUAGUGUGUUGCAGAAGAAUGAGAAAAACCAGAAACUGAAUCCUACUGCAUCUGUGGCUCACAAAGGACCUCUUAUCGGGGAAGAUGAUUGGCAGUGCUAAGGAGCAUAACGGUCUCUACUAUCUCGAUGAAUCAACCGUGAGUAGUCUUUGGUCUCGAAUCCAGUGUCACAUUGCAAAUAAAGACUUUAAUGAUCUUAUGUUAUGGCAUAGGAGAAUGGGUCAUCCAAAUUUUCAA